AGAACGACGAUGAGGGUGACGUUUUUGGGGAUUUUAAUAGCGUUAUUCUUAGGUAUAGCAGAAUGCGUGAAGCAGAACGACUUCAAAAAAUGUCAACAAUCCAGUUUCUGCCGCAGACUACGGAGUCUGAGUGACAGAAAGACAAACUCAAGUGUCUGGGAGUCACCAUACGCAAUUACUAGAGGAUUAGAACAGCUAGGGGAUGAAGCAGCAUCAUAUACCUGGAAACUAAACAAUCGACUGGCACCAGAAGGUAUUGCCUUCGAUUUGGCUGUCGAUGUACUCAAGGAUGGCUUGAUUAGACUCAGGGUGGACGAGAGCGGUGGUUUAUAUCAAAGAUACAACCAAACGGCGUCAUAUAUUCUCGUUGACCAACCUGAACUGAUGCAAGCCUCCAGCGUUAAGAUCACAUCAUAUGACGAUGUAGACAAUCUGGCUUUCCAAACAUCGACAAACCAGCCAAUGGAGCUCAAGGUCUAUCAUAACCCUCUGAAUGUACAGCUAAAGAACGCACAAUCGGGCGAGAUACUUGUUGAUAUCAACGGAGAGAGCCUCCUGCAUAUGGAGCACUUUAGACACAAAGACGCGGAAGACACUGAUAAUAACUCGGCUUUCACAUGGCACUCUGAGCAACCAUUCGAGGAUCCAAACACGGAUGGGCUCUGGGAGGAAUCAUUCAACAACAAACCAGACUCGAAGCCAAAAGGUCCGGAGGCUUUCACAAUCGAUAUCAACUUCCCAAGCCAUUCGCAUGUCUACGGUAUACCAGAGCACGCAUCACCGCUUGCAUUACCUCCUACAGACGGUAGCUCACCUCGACGCGUGCCAUAUGUCGACGAUCCUAAGCCAUACACCGAGCCAUACAGACUGUACAAUCUGGAUGUUUUCGAGUAUGAAGCCAAUUCACCGAUGGCUCUCUAUGGAUCUGUCCCUUUGAUGCAUGCACACUCCCCUCGAUCAUCUCUCGCCGUAUUUCUCUUAUCUGCAGCGGAAAUGUGGAUCGAUGUGAAGCAUCCAACAAAAGAGUCAACAUCAACCCAAUGGAUUUCAGAAUCCGGUAUAAUUGAUCUGUUCUUGAUACCAGGACCAACAAUUGAGGAUGUUUUCUCACAAUACGCCUCACUUACCGGUGUGUCUCAAAUGCCACAAGAGUUCUCACUUGGUCAUCACCAGUGUAGAUGGAAUUACUUUACAUCGAAAGACAUGCUUGGUGUUGUCAGUGGUUAUGAUUCGAUUGAUGCACCUGUUGACGUCAUUUGGCUUGAUAUCGAGUAUUCAGAUGGACAUAAGUAUUUCAUGUGGGACAAAAAGAAGUUCCCAGAUCCUGUUGAUAUGAUCAAUAAGAUUGCUAGUAAAGGUCGCAAGACUGUCAACAUUGUUGAUCCGCAUCUCAGUCGUGAUGAUGAAUUCUACGUUUUUAAUGAAGCUAGUGACAAAGAAGUACUUGUCAAAAAACCAGAUGGACAAUCUGAAUAUGAAGGUUGGUGCUGGGCAGGGUCUUCCUCGUGGGUUGAUAUGUUCAACCCAGCCAGUUGGGAUUGGUGGAUAUCACUAUUUAAAUUUGACAAGUGGAAGGAUUCCACACCUGAUCUGUUCACCUGGGUCGACAUGAAUGAGCCAGCAGUAUUCAAUGGCCCUGAAAUAACAAUGCCAAAGGAUACAGUAUUCUAUGGCGGUGUUGAACACAGAGAUUUACACAACAUAAAUGGCAUUCUCUUCGCCAACCUUACUUCUCAAGCUUUAGAACAACGUCAAGAGAAGAAUUCCAGAAGCUUCGUGUUAUCGAGAUCAUUCUUUGCUGGUAGCCAGAGGUUUGGUGCUGUCUGGACAGGUGACAAUUUAGGAACAUGGGAUCAUCUGAGGAGUGCGACACCGAUGAAUCUGGCUAACAAUAUCGGUGGAAUCGUAUUUACGGGUGCUGAUGUUGGUGGUUUUUUCGGAAAUCCUCAACCUGAAUACCUCGUAAGGUGGUAUCAAACCGGAGCUUUCCAUCCAUUUUUCAGAGCACAUGCCCAUAUUGAUACCAAGAGGAGGGAACCUUAUGUACUCGAUGAACCAUAUCAGAGUAUAGUCAGAGAAGUCCUAAGAUUGAGAUACUCUCUUCUGCCUGUUUGGUAUACCUCUUUCAGGGAGAACACUCAGACUGGUUUACCAAUACUCAGACCACAAUUCGUUGUCCAUCCUUCAGAUGCCGGUGGAUUUGAUAUUGAUGAUCAGUUUUAUAUUAGUGACUCAGGUUUGCUCGUCAAGCCAGUCGUUCAUGAAGGUGCACAAUCUGUAGAUGUCUACUUCGCAGGUGAAGAGCCAUAUUACGACUACUUCACACAUGAAAUCAGCCUUGGAAGUAAACAUAAAGGACGUCGCAAGAGCUUCUUUGCCGAUUUAGAAUCAUUACCAUUAUUUAUCAGAGGUGGUAGCAUUAUACCUUCUCGUCAGCGUGCUAGAAGAUCAGCGAGCGUGAUGUCAAAAGAUCCUCUCACAUUGACAAUCGCGUUGGACAAAAAUGGCAAUGCGAAUGGAAGAUUGUACUUAGAUGAUGGUCACACUUUCGAUUACCAGGAUGGCGCAUUCAUUGAUAGACAGUUUACCUUUAAGUCAGAUCGCCGGGGAUGGACAUUAACGAGCAGUGAGAUCGUACCUGGGGAUUCAUAUGAAGAUGGAAAUGAGGUGUUCAUCGAAAGAAUUGAAGUGUUGGGAUUGAAAGCACCACCUAAGGAAAUCAAGGUCGAUGGACGUCCUCUUGAAUUUAGCUGGGAGGAUGGAACGGCAGCGUCAUCUAACAAAGAAGACACAGCCAGUUUGUUGAAUAUAAAGAAACCACUUACGAAAAUUGCUCAUGACUUUAAGAUAAUUGCAUGAACUAAAAAAUCUGAAUCAAUUUGUACAUUUUGUCUAAA